UCUUUUAAAAUCCAUCUAGAACUCAGCACUCUAUGUGGAUAGUGAGUCACUGGUUCAAGCCCUUCAACAGCUGCCUCUCUCAGUCCGGCUCAACGUGGCUGCGGAGUUGAUCCAGACCACAAUUCCUCUGGAACUUCCACAGGUGAAACCAAGGAGAAAUGAUGACGGCAAGGAGCUGGGCAUGCAGUUAAGGGGGCCCAUCUCCGAGCUCAGAUCUGCUGUGGGUAGUUGUCCCAGGUCUCUGGGCAAAGACAGUUUAAGACCAAACCCUCUAGAGGGUUUGCAGAAAGCCCCCUUCCCACCACAGUCCGUGGCAGACCAUCUGGAAGAUGAACUGGACAUGCUGCUGCAUUUAGAUGCACCUGUGAAAGAGGAAGACAGAAUCUGUCUGGACCAGACAUCUCAGGACCAGGAACCAGAAAGAGAGGGGCAGGUGGCCCAGGAGGAAACAGUUCCUGAAAAACCAUCUAUGACCAGAGAGAAAAAUGUGGAACCUGAACAGACGAGCACAUCCAAAAAUGUCACUGAGGAAGAGCUGGAAGACUGGCUGGACAGCAUGAUUUCCUGAGGAGGGGGGUGAUGGAGGGAAAUGUGCCUGAAGCAAACUAAGGGUGGGCUAGUUUACCAGAACACCCCAUGCUAACAUGUACUGUUACGCUUACAGCAGCCAAUGCCUACCUCUGCUUUUGAUGGCAUCUGAAUACAUGUAUGAGGCUUGCUUGGGGCUUUGUUUUGUUGUUAUCCGGCUUAGUCACCUAAUAGAUUUCUUUAAGGA